GUUGAGCCGAGGCAUAGAGAUGGGCUAGCGGCCGACGUGAGGCCGAGCGGGAAAUGCUCUCGUGGGGCCGGAGUCUGGGUAUGUGUGAGCGCAAGUCCUCACCCGCUCCCAAGUAAGCCUCGGAAUCUCGGCUGAGCAUCACUUCUCUGUAGGCCGCUAGCCCAGGUGCAGAAUGAGCACAUGUUGUUGGUGUACACCAGGUGGCAUUUCCACCGUUGACUUCCUGCAGCGCUAUGCGUCCAGGACCCACUCUGGCGAGUUUCAAACAGCUGAUGAAGACCUCUGCUACUGCUUAGAGUGUGUGGCCGAAUACCACAGAGCAAGGGACGAUUUACCAUUCCUGCAUGAGGUUUUAUGGGAAUUAGAAACCUUACGUCUCAUAAAUCAUUUUGAAAAAUCCAUGAAGGCAGAAAUUGGAGACGAUGAUGAAUUGUAUAUAGUAGACAACAAUGGAGAGGCACAGCUGUUUGACUUUACUGGCCAAGACUUUGAAAAUAAGCUUCGAGUUCCUCUUCUUGAAAUACUGAAAUAUCCUUAUCUGCUUUUACAUGAGCGUGUUAAUGAAUUAUGCGUUGAAGCACUUUGUCGGAUGGAACAAGCUAAUUGCUCCUUUCAGGUUUUUGACAAGCAUCCGGGCAUCUAUUUGUUUCUGGUCCAUCCCAACGAAAUGGUUCGGCGUUGGGCUAUCCUGACCGCAAGAAAUUUGGGAAAAGUGGACAGAGAUGAUUAUUAUGACUUGCAGGAGGUUUUGACUUGCCUUUUUAAAGUCAUUGAGUUGGGGCUUUUGGAAAGUCCAGACAUUUAUACUUCUUCUAUCCUCGAGAAGGGUAAACUGAUUCUUCUGCCCUCACACAUGUAUGAUACCACCAACUACAAAAACUAUUGGUUAGGUAUAUGCAUGUUGCUGACCAUUCUGGAGGAGCAGGCCAUGGACUCACUGUUGCUGGGCUCAGACAAACAGAAUGAUUUCAUGCAGUCAAUACUUCACACCAUGGAGAGGCAAUCAGAUGAUGAUAGUGUGGAUCCUUUCUGGCCAGCGUUACACUGUUUCAUGGUGAUUCUGGAUCGCCUCGGAUCCAAGGUUUGGGGUCAGCGUAUCGAUCCUAUUGAGGCAUUUCAGACCAUUAUCAACAAUGUGAGCUACAAUAAGGAGAUCCAGAAUAUACGGAACAGCUCCGUGAGGACCAAGUUAGAACCGGAGUCAUAUUCGGGUGAUAUGGUGACUUGCAGCCAGAUUGUAUACAAUUAUAAUCCCGAAAAGACCAAAAAGGAUUCGGGGUGGAGAUCAGCCAUUUGCCCAGAUUAUUGUCCUAACAUGUAUGAAGAGAUGGAAACAUUAGCCAGUGUGCUUCAGUCCGAUAUUGGUCAAGACAUGCGUGUUCAUAACAGCACUUUUCUGUGGUUCAUCCCUUUUGUUCAGUCCCUCAUGGACCUUAAGGAUUUGGGUGUGGCGUAUAUAGUGGAGGUCAUUCAUCAUCUGCACUCCGAAGUCAAAGAUGUCCUCAACCAAACAGACGCUGUGUGUGACAAAGUUACUGAAUUUUUUCUUCUAAUUUUGGUGUCUGUGAUUGAGCUGCAUAGACAUAAAAAAUGUCUGCAUCUGCUGUGGGUUAGUUCCCAGCAAUGGGUAGAAGCCGUUGUAAAAUGUGCCAAGCUUCCUACCACUGCAUUUGCACGGAGUUCUGAGAAGUCAUCUGGAAAUUGCUCCAAAGGAACAGCAAUGAUAUCAUCUCUGUCAUUGCAUUCAAUGCCAUCGAAUUCUGUACAGCUGGCUUGUGUCCAGCUGAUUAGAAGUCUCCUUAAAGAAGGUUAUCAGCUUGGGCAGCAAACUCUAUGUAAGCGAUUCUGGGAUAAGCUCAACUUAUUUCUGCGUGGAAAUUUAUCGCUAGGUUGGCAGUUGACUACUCAGGAAACCCAUGAAUUACAAACUUGUUUAAAGCAAAUUAUUAAAAACAUAAAAGUCAAAGUACCUCAAUAUAACACUUUUGUGGAUCUGAGUCCUGCAUGUAAAAGCUCUCCUGCAUCUUACAGUAAAGAAGAAAAUGAACAAAUAGAUAGGAAGUCUAAUAAAGACCUGCCCUGUCUAGAAAGCUCCAGCCCAACAUUUCCUAAAGAACCAAUGAAAGCGGAGACCUAUCAGAUGCAAGAGAAUAUAUUGAUCAAAGCAAGUAACACUAUAGAAGAGGAUAAUGAGCAAAAUUUUAUAAAAGACUGGAAACUAGAAGAUCAUGUCCCAGCCGAGUCAUGCAUAAAGAAGAGUAGUAAAAACCUUUUCACUGAAAAAGGUCAAGAUCAAGUUAAAAGAAGUACAGGGAAGCAGAAGUCUGUGAAAGAGAAUUGUACUUCAAGGAAUGAUCCAGAAAGGGGAUGUGACAGAGGAAUAAUCAUGUCAACACGUUUGUUAACCAGCUCUAGCACUGAAUCUCUGGAGAAGGCAUCCACAUCAACUGAGAAUUUCUCUUUCAAGGAUGAUGCUCUUGGCAAAACCUCAAAAUCAAAAACUAAGGCACGUAAAGAUGAAAUCUGUGCUAAGUUAUCACAUGUAAUAAAGAAGCAACACAGGAAAGGUACUUUGGUCAGUAAUACUGGCAAUUUAGAGGAAAACCUGGCUGUGUCUAACAUUGACCGUUUCUAUUCAAGGAAAGAUUCAGGAGGUCAGAAAGGGGACGGCUUCAUGCACAAUCUCUCUUUAGAUCCUAAUGGCAUUCUGGAUGAUAAAAAUGGGGAACAAAAAUCUCAAAACAGUUUACUGCUGAAAAAGAAGCCACUGAAGAGUGAAGAGUUAGAUGUUUUCUCUUCUCAUGAAAACAGCUAUCAAAUGCAGGAAUGUCACAUUGAUGAUAAAGAUUUGGUCUCAUUUACGGAAGUGACCAACACUUUUGUGAAGAAAACUUCUCCCUUCAAAGAUCCUGUGACUGUUUUUGAAUCAAGAGAUAAGGAAAGUAGCAAGAACAGUAGUCCGUUGUCUUCUCACUUGAGAGAACAGGCUCUUGGCCUAAGUCCUCAGUCUGACACCUUAACAGAUUCUCAGGUAGACAGAGACCUCCACAAGUUAUCUUUACUAGCUCAGGCCAGUGUUAUUAAGUUCCCAUCAGAUUCAACUCAAAAAAGCUCAUGCCAGCUACAAAGAAGAGUGAAGGAUGACAGAAGGUGUUUCCUGGCUGACCAGAAUAAUACUGGGGAAGCCUGCCGGGGCCAGAUUAUUAUUAUUUCAGAUUCUGAUGAUGAUGACGAUGAUGAUGAAAUUCUGGGUUUUGAGAGACCUAUUAAGCAAGAUAAAAUAGGCAUCAAGAAUGAAUGUCCGGAGCAGCAUACUUCAAUAGCUAGUGCGAAUGUGGAAAAGAAGCUAAUAAAGGAAGAGGAGACAAAGUCCCUCUUGCAGUUUGAGGAAUCGGAUUCUCAGUUUUUUGAGUUUGAAAGUCCAUGUGAAGUGUUUUCUGUUUGGCAAGAUCAGGAACCAGACAAGAAUUCAGUUCAAGAGAAUGAGAAAAAUUCUUUUUCAGCUGACAUAGCUGAUAUCACAAAUGAUUGGGGUUAUGAGACAGAUUAUGUAUCUGAAGAGGUUAUUAAGAAAGUAGCAGAAGGCAUUGAAAAACACACAGAACCGCAGAGCAGUAUUUCUGUUGGGGAAAUUCGUGAAAUUGAAGUAAAAAAACGUAAGCGAAAACGAUUUGAAAAACCUAUGGCUGAAGAUCGUCCAAGACCUUCACCUUCUGAUAGAAAUGAGGACCAGCCUGAUAUUCUUAAUGAGAGGAGUCUGACUAAAAAUGAUUUUAAAAGUAUGGACCUAAGGACAAGUCCCAGUUCAAGUGUUCAGAGAGACAAAGACACUACGGUUGCACUAAAGAAGUCUUCUCCAAAACUUCGUACUUAUUCCAGACCCAUUAGGAGAGUCCCACUUUCUAAAACUCCUAAGAAAGCGCAUUCAGAUACCAAGAAAGGGCAGAAUAAAAGUUCAAAUUACAUAAGUUGUAGGACAACUCCUGCUAUAGUUCCACCAAAGAAAUUGCGCCAGUGCCCUGAACCAACUUCAAAGGUUGAGAAACUUGGUCUAAAGAAGGCUCCUCGUAGGGCAUUUGAGUUGUCUCAGCGAUCUCUAGAUUAUUUAGUUAAGUUACGCCGCCAUGGCACAAGUGUUGGAGUGGUUGAUACUAGAAAAAAGACUAAGUUAAUUUCCCCUCAGACUCUCUCUGUCAAAAAUAAUAAGAAACUGCUGACAAGUCAAGAUCUUCAGUUGCGAAGGCAGAUGAGAUCCAAAUCACAAAAAAAUAGACAAGGACUUUCGGAUUAUGAAAGUAAAGAUACUACAAGAGCAGGGCCGUGUGCAGCACAGAAUUCUGACAUACUUGUCCCAGAAUCAGAUGGUUCAGAUUACAGUUAUAAAGGAGGAACUGAGGCGGUUGCUAACACCACUGGGAAACAAUCAAUAAAACGUGUGUCUUCAGAACCAGAACCCAUGAAAACAAAAUAUGUCUCUCAAGUGACAGAUGAUACUUGCCUCUUGAGCCCCUGUGCUUCUGUUGUGUUAAAUGGAAGAAUACCAACAAAUGAAAUAAAUGUCUCUGCUUCAGCCGACCCCUUAGGUGGAAGUGACCCAACAGUACAUCGUUUAGAGUUGGCAACUUUGAAAGACGGAGAGCUGGACUCGAACAGUGAUACAGAAGAUGAGAAUAUAUUUCUGACACAGCACAAUCCUGAAGAUAUGGAUUUGUGUUCACAGAUGGAGAACGGAAAUGAGAAACUCAUUGAAGUAAUUCGUGGCAAAGAUACAGCACAGGUGGAAGAAGAUUCUCUAAGUCGGCAUCAGUUGGAAUCUUGGAGUAGCACAAAAUGUAAGUACAAAGAUUGUGUUGAAACACCGAAAAACCAGGGUGAAUACUGCGCAAAACACUGUGAAGCCAAAGCGGCCGAUGAAGAUGUAUUUCGUAAACCUGGUUUGCCUCUUUCUGCAUCUAAGCCUUCGAGACCUUCCACUGCUAAGAUUUUUAGCUCAAGUAGUACUUCACGAAUUGCUAAUCUUUCCAAGUCUUUGGAAAGUACCCCUGCACUUCCACCAGCUCUAAAAAAUAAGUCAAGUGGGACACAGGCUGUUUUGAAAGUCCCACAGCCAGCCUCUGUGUUGUCUCCAAAGCCGGUGGGUGAAGUGAAGAGUUUGUGCAAUAUUCUCCAUCCUCAGACUCCAAAUAAUUCCAACAGGCAAGGUUACAAACUAACGUUUGGUGAAAGCAAAUCCUUCUCAGCUUCCACUCCAGUCAACAUUCUCUUGUCAUCACAGUCCAUCUCUGACACCUUUGUCAAAGAGGUUUUAAAAUGGAAAUAUGAAAUGUUUGUGAACUUUGAUCAGUGCGGGCCCCCAGCAAGCCUUUGUCAGUCCAUCUCAAGACCUGUGCCUAUCAGAUUUCAAGAUUGUGGCGAUUAUUUUAAUGUUUUUUUCCCUUUGAUGAUACUGAAUACUUUUGAAACAGUGGCACAGGAGUGGAUCAGCUCUCCAAACAAAGAGAAAUUCUAUCAGCUGCACUUACGAAAAUUUCCUGCUGAUUAUAAAAAAUACUGGGAGUUUGUGGUUCAUCUUGAGGAAUGCGAACUCGCAAAACAACUUCAUCCAAAGGAAAAUGAUUUGGUGUUUUUGAUUCCCGAACGACAAAACGGAGAGAAUAAAGAUACAGAGAGAGAUCACAUGGAAGAUCUCCGUGAUUACCACUGCGCGUAUGUUCAUAAGUUUCGCCGCACUUCCGUCAUGCGCAACGGGAAAUCUGAGUGUUCCCUUUCCAUCCAGAUUCAAGAUAAUUUGCCAGUCAAUUUAAAUGAGCUUGUGAAAUGCAUUGUAAUCAGUUCUCUGGUAACUACACAAAGGAAGUUGAAAGCCAUGUCUUUGUUGAGUGGACGGAACCAACUGGCCAGAGCUGUUCUGAAUCCAAACCCUAUGGACUUCUGUACGAAAGAUUUACUAACUACAACGUCUGAGAGAAUUAUCACCUACUUAAGAGAUUUCAACGAAGACCAGAAGAAAGCGAUAGAAACUGCAUAUGCCAUGGUCAAGCACUCUCCGUCUGUUGCCAAGAUCUGUCUGAUACAUGGACCACCUGGAACAGGAAAAUCAAAAACUAUUGUUGGCCUCCUGUACCGCCUCCUGACAGAGAACCAGAGGAAGGGGCAUUCAGAUGAAAACUCCAAUGCCAAAAUCAAACAAAACCGUGUCCUUGUGUGUGCGCCUUCCAACGCGGCUGUUGAUGAACUUAUGAAAAAAAUCAUCCUCGAAUUUAAAGAAAAAUGUAAAGACAAGAAGAAUCCUUUGGGAAACUGUGGAGAUAUAAAUUUAGUACGUCUCGGUCCAGAAAAGUCUAUUAAUAAUGAGGUCCUAAAAUUCAGUUUGGAUAGCCAAGUUAACCACAGAAUGAAAAAAGACUUACCUUCUCAUGUUCAGGAAAUGCAUAGAAGAAAGGAAUUUCUAGAUCGUCAACUAGAUGAGCUUUCCCGCCAGCGUGCUUUAUGCCGAGGUGGAAGGGAAAUGCAGAGGCAAGAAUUAGAUGAAGAAAUUGCAAAAGUUUCAAAAGAGAGGCAAGAACUAGCUUCUAAAAUUAAAGAGGUUCAAGGGCGCCCACAAAAAACACAGAGCAUCAUCAUCUUGGAGUCCCAUGUCAUCUGCUGCACACUGAGCACGAGUGGUGGCUUACUGCUCGAGUCUGCUUUUCGUGGGCAAGGGGGUGUCCCCUUCAGCUGUGUCAUUGUGGAUGAGGCCGGGCAGUCUUGUGAGGUUGAGACUCUCACUCCACUCAUCCAUCGUUGUAACAAGCUCAUCCUCGUGGGAGAUCCGAAACAGCUCCCUCCCACGGUCAUUUCUAUGAAAGCUCAGGAGUAUGGCUAUGACCAGUCAAUGAUGGCGCGCUUCUACAAGCUGCUGGAAGACAGCGUGGAGCACAGCGUGGUCGGCCGGCUGCCAGUCCUGCAGCUCACCGUUCAGUACCGGAUGCACCCGGACAUCUGUCUCUUCCCCUCCGGCUACGUUUACAACAAAAGCUUGAAGACGAGUAGACAAACUGAAACCAGUCGGUGUUCAUCAGACUGGCCAUUUCAACCUUACCUGGUGUUCGAUGUUGGAGACGGUUCAGAAAGACGGGAUAAUGAGCCGGCAGAAGUCGAUACCGUGGACGGGUUCCAGGGCCGGCAGAAGGACUGCGUCAUUGUCACGUGCGUCAGGGCGAACACCGCGCAGGGCUCAAUCGGGUUUCUGGCGAGUUUGCAGAGACUGAACGUCACCAUCACACGAGCCAAGUACAGCCUCUUCAUCCUCGGACACUUAAGGACCCUCAUGGAGAACCAGCACUGGAACCACCUGAUCCAGGACGCCCAGAAGCGGGGCGCCAUCAUCAAGACGUGUGACAGGAACUACAGGCACGACGCCGCCAAGAUCCUGAAGCUGAAGCCGGUGCUGCAGAGAAGCGUGACGCACCCCCCCGCUGUCGUCCCGGAGGCGUCCAGACCCCCGGGCGGCUUGCCCAGCAGCAGGCUGGACAGCGAGCUCGCCAAGACGUCCUUCACGUCCCUCUACCACACGCCCUCGGACUCCAAGGAGUCUGCUGGUACCGUCACGGCAAAGGACCCUGAAAGGCCCCUUAUUCAGGACCGGCUUCGGGACCCACGACUGCUUAGGAGGCUGGGCCUGGACCCUGAAGCCAGAGGGCCGUGCCUCAGGGAUCCGCAGCCCUCGAGCCCCCAGCAUCCCGGGGCGACACCGCCCUCGGGGGAGCCGGGCUUCCCCGGGAGUCCCCAGGAUCUGGGAGGCGCACAGCCGUCCACUGCCAGGGGGGCCGUUCUGAACAACAACAAACCUCAGGCGCACUAUGAACCUCCAGCUGCUGGGACCGAGGUCUCUGCAAGUAAAAGAAGAUGUGACUGGGAAGAAGGGCUCAGCUCCAGGAGAGAGACGCGGGCUUUCAGUGAGGGGGACCAGGAGAAGUGGAGCCCGGAGAGCCACCACUCGAAGAGGAACCCUGGCUGGGACAAGAGGGGACUGGAGAAGGAGGAUGGCAGCUCAAAGAGAAGAAGGCUUUUAUAGUAAAGCCAGUGGCACAGACUGUCAGCCACCGCGUCGUUGCAGACUUAAGAUGACCAGCUCACGGGACUGUCCAGAUGAGUUUUGUUUUUUUUUUUUUCUUAAAGGAGUUUGCGUGCCAUUGGGAAACAUGGAAAGUGCACCCUGACCCCUGGGCCUCGUGGUCAUCUGCCGUAGCUAUCAGUUGCAGACGCUUUCAAGGGCCUUUGUGUGUCUGCAAUAUUGUCCUUGAAGUCGGAGACUUCGAAUGUUGAUCCCUUGUUCUAAGAUAAGGGGUCAGACGGGGCGGGUGUUGUAGAAGUUGAAAUGUAUAUUUGUAUAGCAAAUAACAAAUCGUUUUAAAAUUUAA